AUGGGAUGCACGGUGUCGAAGCUCGGUAAUGAGGACACCGUGCGGCGGUGCAAAGAUCGCCGUCAUCUCAUGAAGGAGGCCGUUCACGCCCGCCACCUCCUCGCCGCUGCUCAUGCCGAUUACUGCCGAACUCUUCGUCUCACCGGAUCCGCUCUCUCCUCCUUCGCUGCUGGCGAGCCUCUCUCCGUCUCCGAUCGGACUCCGGCUGUCUUCCUCCAUCCUCCUCCUGAACUCUCCUCCUCCUCCGCUGGUUUCGUUCCUCCGCGAGUCCCUCCUUCGCCUUCCCAAACUUCCGUCCAUCCUCCGCCGCUGUCUCCAUCCGUUGCGAGCUCCAAGCUGCCUCGGAUCGUCACUGCCGCCGCCACCGCCACCGUCACCAAUCGCCGUCGGAAACAACCAGCGAAGCUCCCUCACAUUCUCUCCGAGUCAAGCCCUUCGUCAACUCCUAGGAGUGAAAGAUCCAAUUUCAUGCCGAAUUUCUUCCCCACCGCUUACCAGAACUCCACUUACUCCGCCACUCCUUCUCAAGCUUCUUCCGUCUGGAACUGGGAGAAUUUCUACCCUCCUUCUCCUCCCGAUUCCGAAUACUUUAACAGGAAAGCUCAAGAAAAGCAACAGAACCUCCACCAUCUCUCUAACGAUCAAGCCGACGGCGAUGAUACCGAAACGGAGAGAUCGGAGUAUGAUUUCUUCCAUACGAGGAAGAAGAAGCAGAUCGAAUCCAUGGACAAUACCGUAGACGAGGAGACGGGGAGAGAGGAAGUACAGUGUAGUGAAUGGGAAGAUCACGAUCACUACAGCACGACGAGCUCCUCGGAUGCAGCAGAGGAGGAGGAUAGGGUAUCCAUGUCCGAUGUGGGUGCGCGCUCGGAGUUCGGAUCCUCCACGAGGAGGAGUUCCCUGAGACGGCAUCACCAGGAGCCGUCACCACCGCAGCCAGAGUACGGUGGUGCUGCACCAGGGAAGUAUGACAAAGCAGAUGACGCGACUACGUCGUCCGGCAGCUACAAAGGCGGAGGAGAAAUCGCCGACAUGAAAAUGGUGGUAAGACACAAGGAUUUGAAAGAGAUAGUCGAUGCGAUCAAGGAGAACUUCGACAAGGCCGCUGCCGCCGGUGAUCAGGUCUCGCAGAUGCUGGAGCUCGGCAGAGCUCAGCUCGAUCGCAGUUUCAGUCAAUUGAAGAAAACAGUGAUUCAUUCGAGUAGCGUCUUAAGCAGCUUGAGUUCAAGCUGGACCUCGAAACCGCCAUUGGCGGUUAAGUACAGGUUCGACACGACGGCACUGGACCAACCAGGUGGCCCGAAGAGCCUUUUCUCCACUCUGGAUCGGCUUCUAGCAUGGGAGAAGAAGCUCUAUGAAGAAGUCAAGGCUAGAGAAGGUGUGAAGAUCGAGCACGAAAAGAAGCUGUCGCAACUUCAGAGCCAGGAGUACAAGGGGGAUGAUGAGUCUAAGCUAGACAGGACUAAGGCUUCUAUAACAAGAUUGCAGUCCCUGAUAAUUGUUACUUCGCAGGCUGUCACUACCACGUCUACUGCUAUCAUCCGCCUUCGAGAUUCUGACCUCGUUCCUCAGCUCGUUGAACUUUGCCAUGGCUUCAUGUACAUGUGGAAAUCCAUGCAUCAAUUUCAUGAGGUUCAGAACUGCAUAGUUCAGCAAGUUCAGGGGCUAAUUAACAGGUCAGGCAAAGGGGAAUCAACUUCAGAACUACACAGGCUGGCGACACGUGACCUGGAAUCGGCUGUAUCUGCGUGGCAUUCCAGUUUCUGUCAGAUGAUUAAAUUUCAAAGGGAUUUCAUUCGCUCCAUCCAGGCCUGGUUUAAGCUAACCCUCGUCCCCGUCUGCAACGACGAUGCUAACCAGAAGGAGCAGUUAGAUGCUUACAACUUCUGCGAUGAGUGGAAGCUUGCCCUAGACCGGGUACCAGACACAGUGGCUUCCGAAGCCAUCAAGAGCUUCAUCAACGUGGUUCAUGUGAUAUCUGCAAAGCAAUCUGAAGAGCUAAAGGUAAAGAAACGAACAGAAACCGCGUCGAAGGAGCUAGAGAAGAAGGCAUCAUCUCUCAGGAACAUAGAAAGGAAAUACUAUCAGUCGUAUUCAAUGGUGGGAAUCGGUCUCCCGGGUUCCGAGCCCGAUAACGGGAAUGUCUUAGAUGCUCGGGAUCCGCUCAUGGAGAAGAAAACGGAGCUGGCAGCAUGCCAAAGGAGAGUGGAGGAGGAGAUGCUGAAGCAUUCCAAAGCAAUAGAAGUGACGAGAGCCAUGACGCUGAAUAACCUGCAGACGGGAUUGCCUGGUGUUUUCCAAGCCUUGACCAGUUUCUCUGCUCUCUUCACGGAGUCCCUUCAAACGGUAUGCACCCGUUCCUACUCUAUCAAGUAGAACAUUUAUUAAUCGAUAUAUAAUUAUAUAUUCUUAUAGUGCAAGAGCUUUCACUGAAAUUUUUUGGUGGUAAGUAUAUUAUUACAAGGGAUAUCAAGAGCUGGAGAUUUCAGCCUCUUCUUUUUUCUAAAAUAUUGUUUUGUUUGGUCACUACUACCACUGUUGGGUCUUUGUUCACUUGUCUUGUCUCGGGGAAGAGAUUUGGAAAACAAAAAUUGGUUUUAAUAAAAUGUAAAUAUAUGGGGGAGAGUCUGUAAUUCUGUUAUGCUGUUUUUGGGUUUUGAAAUGUGGGGGUUUGCCAUGGA